AUGGCCAUGGAUCUGUACCUCAGCAACUGCUAUAACACUGCCCAAGCCGCCGCCGCUAAGGCGGCUGCCAGCAGCCUAACUGCCGACAGGGAGCAGUGCAACUCCCUUUAUCAACCUUCUUAUGACUUUAACCUGACUGAUCCUUAUUGUCAACUUUUGGAAACCAGCUAUAAAAGCCUGCACGAUCCACAUUUUAAAAUAUACUAUAGGCGAAAGGAUAUCCUGAGGAGGUUAAAGAAAGGCAGGUAUGUCACCAGCAAUAAUAAGGUUGUAUGUACCUUGAAGGAAUUGAAUAAGUACAGGCAGUAUCUCACCAGUUUAAAAUUACACUUUGAAAUAAACUAUAUAAGAGAACAAAAAAUGAUUGAAAAACAAGUAAAUAAGUUGUAUGAAACCAAGAGAGCCUGUGACAAUUAUGACAAUACACAGUUCCAAGAUUGGCUGUUACAGGAAAGUAUACAAACAACUCCAGACCAAGAGCUGUUAAUAAAGCAGAGAUAUUUAGAUAUGAUUAGUAGGGAAUUAAACAAGCUUGAGCACAUGGCAGAAAAGCAGAACAUACUCCAGAUAAAGGAAGAAGAAAGAUGACAUUGGGACCACAUUAGAAGAAAACUUAGUCUCUGUAGACAAAUUGAAGAGGAAUGGAAAACAAAAGAAAUGUUACUUCUGACAAAGAUUGGAGAAGAAGCAAAAAGAGAAGCAAGAGUUGAGGAACAGCGUAGAAAAGUCAAAGAAGAAGCUCACCAGAAGAAACAAGCACUUCUAGAGAAAAAUUUUCAUUUACAAAAUUGCAAAGGAAUGACCUUCAGAGAGAAGGAUCGGAGGAAAGUACAUUUGAAAACAAAAGUCAAGAUGAAACAGAAGAUAACUUCUGAAGAACUGAACAGUAUAAUUCAAAAUAUAAUGACCUGCGUUGCGGCUGCAGUGACCAGUGUAUUAUAUCCAGCCAUCACAAAAUAUGAAGAAAGGUCACGAAAUAUUACAUACCCAAUGCCUGAUGACUCUACCCUGUCUUCUGAUAGUGAGAGUUGCUGUAGCACAUGCCGUGAAACAUUUCUAUAUGAAACAAGUAAGAUGGUUCAGGCAGAGCCCUGUGCAGAGGCAGCUGACAGGUCAAUAGGGCAACCAGUGGCACCGUCAAAGUCAUCUCCUGCCCAUAAAGAAAGAACAGAUGUAGAAAGAACGUAUCAUAGGAAAGAACACUCAGAAAAGAAACCUAAAACCCCCGAACCUAAAUAUAAUGAGAAACCUGAACCCCCCCACAAGCUUAAAACCUGUAAAUCCAAUAGUCACCUUGUUGCACUGAUUGAAACAGGCACGAGGAAAUGUAAAGAUGCUACCACUGAAACAGAUGGCUUAGAACGCCCACUGUCUCCUGAUGAAAAAGCAAAAGCUGUAAAUGAGAUGCAGGAGUUAAAUGAUGUUUUAGUUAACUUUAAAUAUCACCUAAAAGAGGAAACUGAGUUGAUUUUAGGAAACAUUUUUCAUGAAAUGGUGUCUGAAUUAACCCAGACCAUCCCCACCCUUUCCUUUGUUACGGCCGAAGCUUUGGUUGACCAAACUGAUACUGACAAAGGAGACUUACUCUCCAUUGUUGAUAUUUCCUCAGCAGCUGCUGAAAUUAUGGAAAAUGUGCUUGAGAAGCUACAGUCUGCAGUUGAGAAAAAAUGUACCGAGGAAUUUUCACAAGAAAAUGUAUCCGUUCACUUUAAAUCAAACUUAGUCAGUGGAGAACAUGUCAUUUCUCCAAAAGAAAAAACUUCAAAAGCUUCACUGCCCUAUGUUUUGUAAAACAUGAAUGAUAUUGCAGAGAAUAUGGUUCAUGUGAUUUUAGAAAAGCUGACGGCUCUUGCAUCUUCUAAGCAAAGUGAACUUGUUCAUCUUGAAAUCACAACUGAACUGGCUUAUCAGCAACACAGGGAAGAUCCAACAUAUACAUUCCUUCAAAGAGCCAGCAAAAGGAAAUCCAGUGUUGAAGCUGAUGCUGCCAAUUUGAUUGGCAAGGAAGAAAUACAAAAUUUAGUGUCAAAUAUUUUUUCCCAGUCCUCUCUGGUUGGUUAUAUAGAGAAAGCAAUCAGCACUAUACUAGGCUAUAUACAAAUUGGACUUAAUAAUGAAAGGCUCAUUGCAACUGAAGAAACAGUGAUCAUCCUUCAGCUACUUGAUGAUAUCUUGGCUCAGCUACAUCAGACACCAGUGAAAACAGAUGUCCAAAAGAGUAGACACUCCAGAAUGAGCAGUCCUUCUGGCACUGAAGAAGAGAACAGAGUCACCAGCACCAGAGUAACUAAUGCUCCUAGGUAUGGGCGCCUAUUUUCACCUAUUAAUGUUCCUGGCAUGGUCCUUUAUUCUGAAGAUGAAAAUGAAGAAAUAGACAAAAUUGUAGAAAAUGUAUUGAUUUCAUCUAUCAAAGAUGAAAAAGCAAAAUUACAAGAACAGGUUCCUGAUCACUGGUUAACAAAGGAAAAUGCUGGCUUUAAAUACAAAAGCAAUAUGAACUUACCUACAAAGCCUGCUUAUCAAGACAAAGUAGCAUUUCACGAUCAGGGAUUAAAUACUGACCUUCCAACUUUUAAUAAUAAGGACCUUUUUAAGGACAAGCCUGGUGUGAAAAAAGACAUUUUACUUUUCAGCCAAGAUGAAACGUAUCAAAUACAAAAAGCUUCAGAAAACAUAGUUAGAAGUAUUUUAGCACAGACGCCCAAAGAUAUAUCUUCUGGGCUCUCUGAACACUUAGAUUAUAAAAAUGGUAGAGAGGCUUCACUUCUUACCUCAGGAAAACCACAAGAUCUGUCACAUCAAGAAUGGAUGGACCAGAUGUUCUCUGUGUCAGAAAUCCAUACGGUAGCUCAAGAUAUUGUAGAUGCUAUAUUAAAAAUACUUCACAUGGCUUCUAGUCACAUUAUCGGAUAUUCUUCAUCAGUACAUCAAACUUCUCUAGAUAAUGCUGACAUACCAAAUAAAGAGCCAUUAGCAACAUGGUUUGACAGUAAAAGGAAGAAAUUUUUAUCUGCACUUGGCAUAGACUCUACAAAACAUACCUGGUUAGAACCUGGAGCAAGUGGCUCGACAUCUGAACCUGUAGAUCACAUUAAUGAUAAGAUCAUUAAUACGAUUUUUAAGAAGUUGAACUCAUUUAUUUGUCCAAAAUUACAAAACUGCUUCAAACCAGAAAGCCAUGCUGCCCAUUCAAAGCCUGCGCCUGACAAGAAAUCUUUGUCUCGAUCUCACCUUAGUGUUUACACAACUAAAGUGAUAAAAAUUGUUUUGGAUGCUAUCCAGGAAGAACUACAAUACAAUAAGAAAAAUCUAAAUCUUAGGAAGAGUAGCCCUCCCAAGAAUUUUAGAGAUAGAGGAUUUUUCACUGACACCGAAAAUGAAUUAGACUCUGUUGUCACAAAGCUAAGUAAUGACAUUAUGACAAGUUCAUUAGCAACUUGCAUUUGUGAGGUGUUAAGUGGAAACACAAAUAAAAGCAAUAUUUUACUCCCUUCAGAUAAACUAAGGUCUAAAAUCUCAUAUGGAACUGGUGGCAUUGAUCAACAAAAACUUUUGCCUUCUCAUUGACAGCACAUGCAGGAGGAAGUUCACCAAUGUACUAGAUUGCAAGUGUUAGAUAGAAUUGGAGAUACCUUAUAUGACAUGUUAUGCAAGCUCAUAGGAGACCAUCCACAUUCUCCCCUACCUGAUGAGCAAACUACAGAGGGGAUCAAUAAGAAUUUGAGAACAACCAGUACAUUGCAGUCCAGUAUUAAGCUAAUUUCUCAUACAAUUCUAGAAGGUAUUGUUUCAAAAUUAUGUGGUGUUGAGAUAGAUUGCAUUUUCAAAAAUUCAGAAUUUAAAGCUAUCUCAGAGUAUAUUGACACUGACAGCCUGUCAUUUGCUUUGCUUCUUGAGGAAAUGAGUAGAGGCUCUGACAUAAUCUCCAGCAUGGUGCCCAAUGUGACCUGGCCAGGUAGCCAAGAGGUAACUAACAAAAAGGGAAAAACUACUGCCCCCAAAACAGGAACCACAAAAGAAAAGCAUCUAAAUAAACUGAAAAUCAUGGCUUCAGAUAUCCUUAAAAUGGUUUUUGCUAAAUUGGAAGGGUUUGCCAAUAGAAAUUUAGAAACUCUGGACGCUAUAAUCAGUGGAAAUAAAAAGAACAGCAGGACAUACUGGGAAAGUGAAAAUACCAACAUUUGUGCUAACACACGUGAAAAACGAUUGCAGUCGACUUUAUACAUGCAUGCAGAGAAAGUGUCAAGUACUAUUUUGAAAGCUAUUCAAACUGAAUUAAAUGUGAGCUUGCCAGAUUUGGAAACAUGUAUAAGCAAGCCACUACAAGAGAAACAAACGCUUAAGAAUUUAGUCCAUUUCAUUUUGGAUGCAACUUCUCCAGAUAUGUUUAAUGAAACUGAACCAGAAGAGAGAGGCAUUGAAAAUUAUAGAUACAGGCCAACUUAUGGAAAUUUUCUUCCUGGAGGAGCUGACCCAGAGUCAUAUCUAGAAGAUCCUGCAGAAACAGAGAAAGAAAGUGCUGAAGAGGAAAGACCAACAGAAGAAGAAACUAAAUCAGAUUCUCUUAAGCAACGGGAACUCGAAAGAACAUUAAAAAAAUUUGAAGUAGAACUCAAAGAAAAAAAAAAGUCCCCAGUCGUGCCCAUUAUAAGAAAUAUUUUCAAUGAAAUUUUUCAGAAUGAUUUAAUUGAUCAACCAAAUGUGCUUCCUCUUCCCCAGUCCCAUUUAUGUGACAUUCCUCAUGCUGGUGAUGAGCCACUUGCUCAAACAUCUGUUCAAUCCCUGGAUAAAACAAUGGGCCCUUUAGUGUCUGAAGCGGAUGUAACCAUUGUUGCAGAUAAUGUUGUUAGAACCAUAUUUCAAAAACUUUAUUCUGCUGCUAUGACAGAUAGAAAUGAAAAUGAAAAUAGGUAUAAUACUAUCACCUUUCCAGCAAAUAUCUCUUUUACUGAACAUACCAGUGGAGGAAAGUCCCCUGUUUAUUCUACCAUACUGGACAGAAAUCCAUGUACACUUCAGUCCACAUUCAAUAUUGUUAAACUGACCAAAAUAAAUGUAGUUGAAGAUAUUAUACAGUCAGUAUUAACAAAUUUAGAAACAUUUGCUAGUACCAAAGUAAAAGCCCUCUUUUGUCCUCUUAUCAAUUUCACAGUUCCAAUGGCUUUACCUCUACAGCAGGAUGAGACUGCUUCAAGCCAACCAUGCUUAUCAACCAAAGAUUCAUAUUCUGAUGACGAAUUUUCUUGUUGCUCAGUGGAUCAUACUAAAUCAGGAAAGACCACCUCAAUAUGUCAACUGAGUGCCUCUAAAUUAAAUAUAUAUGCAACAGAAGUGGCUAGACAAAUUUUACAAGGAAUCAAACGUAAGUUAGAUAAAGAAAUAAAAAGUUCAUUAUUAACUCAUAAUGUUGUGGCUUCUGAAAGCAUUCCAAGUCAGGUUGUUAACACAAUGUUAGAUACUGUGUCUACUAAAGGCAAAUAUGAAAAGAAUAUAUUGAACAGAGAGACUGAUCCCGGUCGGCCAGAAGAUAUUGUUGAAAAGCUGUUCAGUAAAAGUGAUUAUCGAGAAAAACUUCAAUUUCAAAUACUAGAUACCAUUGAAGGUAUCUUAAUUGACAUCUGUGAGGGAACAAUAGAUGAGAAUAAUCUCCCACUUGCUGUAUCCACUCUUAAGUGUAAUGUAAGUGGGAGACAUUUAGAAACAAACGCUGAAAGGGACCCUGAGUAUGCAAAUAAGGCUAUUCUUAGGCUUUUAGUUCCUAAGGAGGAUGUUGCUAUGAUUUCCAACGGUAUGGUGGAUAUUGUUCUUCAAAAUCUCACUUCCGCUAUCAUGCUUGCAGUAAAUGCAAAGGAUUCUAUUUCUCCAAGACUGCCUCUGAUAUUUUCUGACGCAUUUCCCAAAGCAGAGCAUCAACAAUCUCCUGUUAUAGACUCAAUGAAUGAAAGGAAAAGGGAGAGAUUUCCAUUUGCAAGAAAGGAAAGAGAUGUACAGCUGAAAUCAGCUUAUUCUGAUGAUAAUCAGACAACUGUACUUAAGAAACAAGAUGCCAAGAAAUCUGCUCCUGAGCCAUGUGAGGAAAAUGCUCAUUUCAUUACUAAAACUAUUUUGAAUAGAUUAAAAUCUUUUGCCACAGAAAGAAUAGAUUUGCUACUUAUUCCUGAUACGGAGACUAGAGAAAAACCAUAUGUUGGACCAGAAUUUACAAACUGUAAACAAGAUGACAGCGUAUUUCUUGAAUCAAACCAAAUGCCAUUAGAUAUGAAUAUCCUGAAAAUAUCAACAGCUAAAACUGUUCUCAGUCAACAAGUCACAAAUUACAUAUUUGCUAAUUACAGAGAAAAACAUGGACCUGCAAUUCAUGUAUCACAAGCUAGUCUUAAGGAAUAUGCUGACAUAAUCGCCAGUACCAUUUUGACACUUAUAAAAAAUGACAUAUACCUAGAAAUCCAAAAGAUGUAUACAUAUCAAAAUAAUACUUCAUUCCAAGAAAACAUCAUUGCAAGUGAACCUGUCAACAACAUCUUAAAGAGUUUACAUGAUAAAAUACCUUUAAAGGCAAGUAGCUUUUACUCAAAGCAGGACCCUGGUCUUUUUAUACAACUAACUGUACAAAAUGAAAUAUUGCCUGGUCAAAGAAAAAUGGAAGACAACACUGAACUGCCUCUCUUUUCAAAAUGCUCAGGUCAAAACCAAAUUAUAUCAGAAGCAGAAAACCAGAGAAGGACUUUGGAAGAAAUUAGAAAUGGAGAAUCUGGACAGGAAAAUAUAACUUCUUUGUUAAGUGUAGUUAAGGAUAUUUUAAAGAAGGUAUAUCAAAGGGUAAUGGAAGAUACAGACCAUUGGCCUCCAUUUAAUGAACUCCCCCACUUUACAUCUGAUUCUAAAAUUAAAACAUCAGCACAAAAAAAAGCCUUCCAGUCACAUAUAAACAGUGUCGCAAAUGACAUAGUUGAAAGUGUUUUCAGAAAAAUGUUCUCAAUAAUUAUGACAUCUUUAUAUGAAAACAGUGAGACCAGGGGAGAAUUGGAAGCAUCUGGCAAUGAUGAACUGCUGAUGAAUCCAUCGUGCUUUAGAGAAUUGAAACAAGCAGAAAAAAGAAGUGUUCCCCCUGAACCUGUGAUACCACAAGUUUAUCCUUACACAGGUAUUGGAAGUGUCACUUCAUUGGAAAACACUUUAUUGCAAUUUUCUCCAUUGCGACUGGGUGAACAAUUGGUCCAAAAGGUUCUCAAAAAGAUCACAGAUUUUGCUUUGCUGAAUCUAGAAGAGACUAGCCCCAAGGGCAGCCCUAAGGCAAGUUUUAAAACAAAUUUUAAAACAAAAUCAAAAGUUACCUCUUUGAAGGCCAAGUUUCGAACAAAACCACAGCUAGGACCUAGUGGAGCUAAAGCCAAAAGCAAAACCAAGUUAGGUCAGAAGACUCUAAGAGGCAACCAGUCCAAGACUUCCAUUGGGCUACCAGGCCUGCUAUCCAUAGGGGAUGCCAAAAAUCCCUCAGUGAGAGCAAAACUCCCCACUGUGAAACUAAAAAUGUAUUCCAGGGAUGUAGUAAGUAAUAUUCUGGAAACAACUGUGAAUGAAUUUCAAGAGGUGAGGCAAAAUAGAGCAAUGGUAAAUGUAAACACUUUACCUUCUGAUCAAAUUGAGAUAGCAAGUGAAAUAGCUGAUGCAGUUUUGCAAGGAUUAUACGCUACGAAGAAUAAUUUGGCCCAUCCAAUAAAAGGCUCAUACUCAGAUGAUCUCAAACUUUCACAGGGAUAUUUUAGUACAAUCUCUUUUGCAAAUCCAGAAGCCCAUUUCUCUUCGGAGAAUGUUUCUUCACAACUAGAAAAAAUCUUUCCUAAAGAAAAUAUUUUUAAACAAAUGUUUGAUAAAUUGCAAACAGAACCAAGUGACAUGGAUAACGAAAAAUAUAAGCUAUCGGCGAUAGCUGAGGCUGUUUUGAAUGAAAUUUCAAUGAAAGCCAAAGAAUUAGAAUAAUCUGUUUCACUUUUAAGUUUGUCAGUUCUUGAGCGUUGUGAAAGCAGGCACCAUAAUUUUAAAAGAGCUGCUUCUAGAGUUGAGGAUUCCCAAACACAAAUUAAUACAUUUGGCCAGGAAACUGUUGAAAAACUAUUCGAAAAAUUAGAGUUGUGCUUCUUGACUCAGAUGUUCACAACAGAUAGUAAAGAAACACUAGAAAGCAAGAAAGAAACUGCUGCUACAAGUAAACGUAGUUCCUUGAGAACAAACAAUCUCAAUUAUGUACCAACUUAUAACACAAAGUUGAAAGACAGAAAACUGGGGAGCUCUGGCCACCAAAUUGCUCAGGAGAUCUUGGAAGGGGUUCUGAACACCUUAGAGUCAUUUGUAGACCUACAGUUUAAAUAUGUCUCUACAUAUGCUUUUUCUGAAAUUGUGAGAACACCUAUUGAAAACUUUUUUGCUGUGUAAAGGAAACCAUUAAUGAAAACAAUAUUGUCCAAGUUACAAACACUGAAUAAAUUUCCUGGUGAAUCUAAAUCAAGUAGUAUGAUUUCCCAGGAAAACAUACAGAUUACCCUUCAACAGCUUUACUCAUUCCAUUCAGAAUUGCUUACUUAUACUGUUAAUACUGUCAAUGACAUGCUUAGUAUAAUUAAGAUAGACAAAGAAAAAUGCCAUGAGGAACCAUCUUCAAUUAGCAUGUUUGAAGAAAACAUUGUAGCAAGUCAGAUCAUCAGCACACUGAUGGACCAAUGCACUUAUUUCUAUGAGUUGAUGAGCAAAAGCCACCCAAAGGAAAAUCUGCUCCAAAGAGCUAAAAAUGCCUGCACUGCUAAUUGCAAAAAAUACGAAUCAAAACAGCCUCUAAGAAGCAUAAACAGUGAUUCUUCACAACUUUGUGAACAUCUCACUGAAUUGGUUAUUUCCUAUAUAAUUUCAAGCAUUUCUGAUUGCACCAAAGAUGGUGGAACAAUACAGAAGUCACUGGAAAACCAAGAUGCAACUUUUAGCAAGAUUAUUUUAGUUCAUUCCCAAGUGUUUGAGAGUCGGUCAAUUUCUAUCAGAGGACUUGCUUUAAGCAUUUCUGAAAUCAUUAUUCGAAGCCUUUUAAAUAGUGACAUUUUAAAGGCAGACGUUACACAAGUGGUUUCUGUAAAAGCAAAAUAUAUUUAUUGCCCAAAACCAGCUGUGGCUGACUUCAGCGAUCUCUUUCAGGAUCUCUUAAUAGGAGUAAACCAUGUUCUGUACAAAGAAAUAGGAAUAAAUCAUCACCUUGACAGCAAAGGAAGAAACAAAUCACUGUCCACACCUAAAAGCCAUAGUUUGCCCAUUUGCAACAAAACCAAAACUAUGAAAAGACAGAUAGGUGCCAGAGGUAGGAAAUCAGCUCCUACUCACCAAAUUAAUCAAGUAGCACAGAAAAAUAAAUUUCUAGCAUGUAAGUUAGACAUCCUGGUUGGCAGCCUAAGAACUCAUGAAUUCAAAGAAGUAGUCAACAAAAUUUUCAAUAUUGUUUUUUAUUUGUUUUUGCCAGAUGAAUGCCCAAAUUGGGAUACAGAUUCUGGUAAAAUAGCAAGAGAAAUGUUCCUAUCUUCAAGUCACAGAAUUCCUAGAAAUAACCUAGGGCUCUCCCCCAAAUCAGCUUUUCUUCUGAAUGUUGUGUGUGAGAAACUUAUUAGAAUACUCUUGGAAGAAUGCACAACCAACAACUUCCUUACAGAUGGUCCUCUUUCUGAUGAAAUAUCAACAGAAUGUCAACUGUUCAACAUACUUCAAAAUGUAGAGGAUUAUUGCAGGGGAACAAUGGACUAUGGCUUACCAGUUGAAGGAUAUGACAUAUCAGACCUUUUGGAAAAUCUGGCAGAAAUAGAUCAAGAAUCUAUGCUUAGUAUUAUUUCCCAUAGCUUGGUAAAAUCCUUAAUGGAAAAAUUGUCAUGCAGUAUACAGCAACCUCCCAGAAGUCUACCACUUACAAACAAGCAUUUAGCAUAUAGGACGAGAGACCCUAGUUUCCCAAAAGCAAAAAGGCCAGAAUUAAAAGAAUCAAGACAGGGUAAAGACUCUGUGAGAUUCAUGAGUUAUGACAGCAAGCCUCUGACAGGACCAUUGAAUAAUCGUAGGGUGAUUCAUUCCAAAAUGCAAACCCCAUUUCGUAAGCAGUUUUCAGGAAAAUUCCCUUCUCUACUUCCUCUUCGAAGACCAGGUAAAAAGGAAUUGAAUGCAACAGCCUUUCUUAACAUGUGAUAUCCAGGAGGCAUAAACACAGGAGUGUACUCUGCCACAUUUCUGGAGGAAAUAAUUGCAGACAUUUUUCUUAAUCUCACCACCUCAGUGCAGGGCAAAAAUGUAAAUAUCACUGAAGCCCAGCUCAACGAGAUGAAUAUAUUAGAUGUCAACUCUGUGGUGAAUGAGUUUAAUAAUGCUCAAGUCACUGUUGAAGAAAGGAUAUGUUUUCCACCAAUCUAUAAAGAAACUGUUAGUAAGAUUGUUGACUCUGUUUAUAAUGAUGUAUUGUGGCACUACGCAUUUCAAGUUACCUGUGGCAAUCAUCUGGCACAUGCUGCCACGUCAAUAGCAGAACAGAUAACUAAUGGCAUAUUGAAAGAGAGUAUAGACUACCAACUCCCAUUGUGCUCUGUUGGAAAGCUCAUGCCUAAUUCAUAUUACCCUCUCAAAGCUGAAAAUAUACUACAGAAACUUCAAAACAACCUGAGUGAACUUAAUUACCAAGGUCAACAUUCAACAGGCUAUACUACCAUCCUAACACACGCAUUUUUAGAAGAUGUCAUCAGAAGACUAUUAUCUCAGCUCAUUCCUCCACCCAGCGAGGCUUCAUGCUUGGGAAAGAAAUACUUAAUGACUUCGGAUUUUAAUGAGAUGGCCACCUAUAUAAUAAAUAAGGUUUUGUUAGCCAUUUCAAAGCAUAAGAUUUGGCUCAAUAAAUAUGAUUGUCAGUAUCUAUAUACAAAAAAAAACCUUCAAAAUAUGGUGGAGUCUGUUUAUAAUAAUAUUUUGCAGAUGUCUGGCUUGCUUGCAGCAAUACAGAAAAGUAUAGAAAGCCAAAGCCCAAUAAUGGUUGACCGAAUGGCCAGUCUUAUUAUUCAAGAGAUUAUUGAAAAUCAUCUUCAACCCUUUUUGUGUGAAGAGGGCUUACCUCAUUCAACGACUCCAUUGGAUGAAAUAUCAAAUAUGGUUAAAGAGGUUCUCAGUGAAGUCACAGGGUCACACAGACCCCAGAAGCCAUCAUCACUAGGUAUGGACUUUUAUCCUAAUGCAUUUGUAGAAGAAAUUGUUGCCAGACUAUUUUCAAAGCUCUUCGAUCCAAAAUAUAACACUGAGUGUGAUUUGGAUAAAGUGACCCAAAAAAUAGUAAACUCAAUAAACAACCAUUUUAACAAAGCUAAAAUCUGCAUUCUUCAUGAAGACCAAGAGCAGCCAUUCUCCACUGUAGAUACAGACACUGUGGAUGAACUUGUCAAUUCAGUUUAUGAAAAUGUUCUCAAACAGCAUGGGCUGGCCCCUGAGGUUGAUAAUAAAGAACUCAAAGACAGUGAUAUUUUUGUGGAAAACAUUACCAAUUUAAUCAUAGCAGCCAUUUCUGAUUAUCUUUUUCAUCCACUGUUUUCUGGGGAUUUGUCGGCUUCUUCCUAUGCUACUUUAACAGCAGAAAACAUUAUUCAGAACAUCUUUUGUGGCAUCACUGAACCUACCCAGCCAAGCCAGCAUUUAUCUCCAUAUAACAUCUUGCUGCCAUACUCAUUUUUAGAAGACAUAAUCAGAGUAUUAUUAUCUAGAAUCUUUCCUUCUUCAUCUAACAUGGUUCUAUACAGUGAAACUCCAAAAGAUAGAUCAGGAAUUAAUCGCAGUGAAAUCUCUUCAAAGUUAAUCAGUGAUAUUAGGAUGAAAAUUUCCCAACAUGAAAUUCGAUUUUCAAAAGAUGAAGAUGAAACUGAAUCUGUUUAUUCAGAGGAUGCUGCUCAGCGUCUCGUUGAUUCCACAUUCAGAAAUAUCUUGCAAAACUCUGGGUCUCAAGAAGCAGUUGAGCACGAUAACACAAGCAGUGACAAUGUUCUUAUCGAUAGAAUAGCAGGUUUUAUCAUUAAAAAUGUCUGUCAACAACAUCUUCAUCCAUUUGCGUAUGGGAAGUUGUCAUUUCCCUCAUCAUAUGCAUACUUUGAUAGUAUGAGAAGAAGGCAAUGUUUUUUUGCCAGUGUUUACUCCUCAGCCUUUUUGGAAGAUGUGAUCUCUGGGGUUUUAAGCAAAAUAUUCCACAGGGUAUUAGGUAUUGUGCAAACAAAAUCACUAAGAGAUUCAGAAAAAGAACUGUUGGAAACAGCUGAAAAACUCAUAUAUUUGAUAACGGAAGAAUUCUCAAAAGUUCAAGUUAGCAUCCUAGAAAAUGCUAAGGAACAACUGUGCUUGCCCCUAGUAGAUAGAGACAUAGUGAUAAAAAUUAUUGACACGGCAUAUAGCAAAGUUUUACAAGAAUGUGAACUGGAACCUAAUAAAGACCUUCUCAGUGACACCAAGACACUGGCUGAGAGGGUAACUAAAAUUAUCCUGGCUGAAGUUCUUGAUUUCCGAAUUCCUCCAUAUUUCAUAGCAAAGCUGCCUUUUAAAUCAUAUUCAAAACUCAAUGCUGAUGUUCUGAUAAACAGAGUUCAUUAUGCGAUCAGUAAAUCAAGACUCCGAAGACAGACUUGUACAAUAUAUACCACCAUAUUAUCAUAUACACAUUUGGAAAAAAUAGUCACUCGGGUUUUAUCUCAGAUAUGUCCUUUGAACUGCAGUGCAGAAGACCCAUACCUUUCGCAGUCACACUUCAGUGACACAGUUGUGAGACUGAUCGAUGAAAUCAUGUCAAUAAUUUCUAAACAUGCAAUAUGCAUUAUUAAAGAUGGAAGUGAAAAACAAAAUGUGAUUUCAGAAAAAGAUAUCCAGGCUAUGGUUGAUGCCAUUUAUAAUGACAUUUCUCAUUCAAAUCUAUACCAGUCUCUUUGAAAAGAUAAAAAAGGCAUAAGUAAUAUACCUGUUACAAAAAUAGUGAGUUAUAUAAUAAGGGAAAUAUUUAACCAUCAUCUUGAGUCAUUCUUAUCUGGAGAUAAAACUCUUCCUUCAGGUACAAUGGAUCAAACUUAUCAACAGAGCGCAAUAGAUCCUAAACAAAGAGAAUUAUCUUUCAUUGUGAAUUCGGCCGUCUUUUUGGAGGAAGUAAUUUCUGAGCUUUUAUGCAAAAUCCUUUAUGUAUUCUCACAUAAUGUCCUGGCUGCCGAAAACCCAUGUAAAGCAAACGCCAAUGUUACUGAUAUUGUUACAAGAUUAGUAAAAUCAAUUGUGCUGGAGUUCACCACAUCACAAAUUUUAGUUGCAGAUCACUUGGAUGAAAAUCUGUAUUUUUCAGAAGGAUAUAAAGAAAUGGUUAAAAAAACUGUCAACAUUAUUUAUGAAAAAAUAUUAGAUGAUUAUCGAUCUCUGGUUCAUGUUUAUAGAGCUAUACAAAAUGAUGCUGUCAAUUUGGGAAAAAUGUAUUAUUUACUGUUAGGAGAAAUUUAUGAUUAUCAGGUGGAGUCAUUAGUUACAGGAGAAUUAGCAACUUCUUCCUAUUCCUCCCUCCAAGAGGAGAACAUCAUCAGAAAUGUACUUGACACCAUCAACGAUAGCCAUGACUUGCCAUCAUGCAUCACUGUAUUGCCUCGUUCCCUUUUAGAAGAUACGAUUUACAAGCUUCUAGCACAUAUGUUCCCUUCAUCUGAGACUGAAACAGAACCAAAUGAGGAAGAGGUGCCACCAGAUUAUGAGUUUGUGAAUAGUGCUUCAAAACUAACUGAUGAUAUCAUAACAGAAAUUUCUGAACAUGAGAUUAGACUUGCCAAGGCAGAGGAGCAUGUGGAGAGUUGGCAAUUAGGGGCAAUCGAUAACUUCGUUGACUCCAUACGUAACAAUAUUAUUUAAAAAAUUAAGUUUGAAGAUGAAGUACAGAAAGAUACAUGCAAAAGAGGAGGCUCAUUCCUCGGGAGAAUAGCUGGUUUCAUUAUGAAGGUAAUUGUGGACCACCAUCUGCACCCAUAUUUAUGUGAGGAAGAAUCAUUUCCCAGUGACUUACCCCAAAAUGACCAUGUCACUGAACUCUUGAAUCCCAUGAAAGAAAAAAUACAGUCCUUCCCACAGGUUUCUGUAUACUCUGCUGCAUGUUUGGAAGAUGUUGUAAUUGACCUUGUUCGCAAAUUUUAUACUCUACCAAGUAUUGCUGAAAAUCCUAAGGACGAAGAGAUAUCAGAAAGAGAUAUCAUGGACCUAGCUAUAAAAUUUGCAAAUGCCCUGAUAGGGGAAUUUAGGAAAAGUGAAAUUAAAGUUCUAGCAAAUGCUGAAAAAAUGUUUUCAUUUCCACCGACAGAUAAAGAGACAGUCGAUAAAGUAUCUGAUUCUGUGUAUGAUGAGGUCAUAGACAUAUAUGGAUCUAAAAAUGUUCAGAAACAUGAUAGAAGUAACAUUGUUAUAGAGAUGAUUGCUGUUUUGGCCAAGAAGGCAAUCUCUGCUUUCCAGAUUCAACCACUUUUUUCGGGAAGCUGGUCUUCCACCUUCUUUUCAUUUCUAGAUGUGGAUAGCAUCAUCCAAAGAGUUCAACACCUACCAUAUAAAACCUUUACAAAGAUAAACAGAAGCUUGAAGAAGAACCCAGUUUCUUCACUAGAACAAUUAUCUACACUUAUUCCUCUAACCUCAGACCUGAAAGACAAAAUGGACACUUUGGAAAUAGAUGGAAGAGCACUUAAUGGAAAAGAGAACUUCAAAAAGGAGAAGACACCAAUGAAAACAGGCAGCAUCCAGAAGCCAGUAUGUACCAAUAUACAUAGCAUUAUGAAGAGCGAAGUAACUACCCUAGCAUCAGGGUCAGUUGGAGGUGUGCCAAAGAAAAAGAAAGAGGAUGAAAAGAAAAAGGAAAGUUCAACUGGAAAAGAUAAUGAGAAGGUAUCAAAACUCACUUCAACAACAACCAGUGUGAAAAGUAAAGAUACUCAGGGGCCAGAUUUGGGUACAGCACUUACAAAGAAUGAAAUCAAGAAGAAAGAUCGUUUGGCUAGAAAAGAUGAGAAAGGGCAAGGUGAUGAGGUAUACCAAAAUCUUUCACCAGCUAUUGAUGAUACAAAAAAACAACGUGUCCUGGAACCAGAUUUUAAAAUAGAUGAUAAAAAGAAGAGUGACAAGAAAAAAGAAAUUUCAUUAGGAAAAGGGGAUAGACCUUUUGAAUUACCAUCUCUGAAAUUCAAGGUGAGAUAUAGAGAGAUCCAAAAGAAGAGAAGAGAUUCUCCAGCUUACGCAGUUAAGGAUGACAAACAGAUCUUGCAUUCUAAACAUGCCCAAAAUGUCACUGGAAUCAUUUACAGAAAUGUUUUAGAAAUAUCUUCUUUCCAAGGACCAGUGGAUGACUCAAAAUCCCCAAAUCCUCUAGGUGAUAAAGCAGCAUAUGUAACUCAAGCGGAUGGCAAGGAUUUUGCACAACCUGCUUCAAUGAAUUCAGCUAAACAGAAUGUUCCUGCAAAAGAGGAAGAGAAUGAGAAAAGUAAAGAUAAAGAGAUUAAAAGUACACCUAGUAAACGGGACAAUCCUCAGAACCCACCAGAAAAUAAACCCGGGAUUUUCCCUGCUAACUUUUUAGAAGAUGUUAUCUCUGAAAUAGUUAACAAAUUGAUUUUUUCUUCCUCAUCGGAUACAGAUGAUGCAUGUCAACAUGUAAGCAAAGGUGUAAAUCAAGCUGAGCUCUAUGACACGGCUAUGAAACUGAUUGAUUCCCUGUUAAAGGAGUUUUCAGAUGCUCAAAUUAAAGUAUUAAACCCAAAUCAAGGAAGUAGGUUCCUACCAUCUGAAGAUAACAUUUCAUCAGUUCAUAAAGUACCUCUCAAGCAAAAAGAACUGUCUGUGGAAAAAAGACCUCCCAAGAAAAAGAUAAUUAUGGAUAAUAUACCACCCAUGCAUAACACGGCACCUGCACCUUUUAUGGCUAAAAUACCAUCAAUCAAUAAAAUGUUGGUCAAUAAGAUUGUUCACCCCUCUAUAUGCAAUAUUUUGCAGGAAUAUAGAUCUCAAGACUCCAUUUGCGAGGACAUGAGUAAUGUUGAAAAAUUAGCAAGAAGGCUAGCUAAUGCAGUAAUAGAAGAAAUUUUUCAGCAUCAGCUAAACUUGCUACUUUAUGAUGAGACUCCAGAUUCAGUAUGUUUGCUUCUAGAAUCUAAGGAGGUUAUGAUAAAGGUCCAUAAGGUGGCCCAAACAGCUUGCAAAGAAUGUUAGACAUCAUCGCCAUAUACCAUAAUGCUGCUUUAUGAAUUUUUAGAAAGGAUAAUUUCUUCUCUUCUAUCAAAAAUUUUCUCAGCAGUAGCCAACGCUAAAACAGAAAUAUCUGAGGAUAAUUUGUACACAGAAUUGGAUUUCCUUCAAAUGAAAUUAGCAAGUAUAGUUAUAACAGAGAUCUCCAAAGAUGAAGAUAUGAUUAUACAGUAUGUAGAAUCUUUACAUCCUAAUGAUGAUGAAAUUAUUCAAUUAGUGGUUCAGACUAUUUAUAAUAAUCUUUUGCAACAAUUUGGAUCUCAAGAGAGCAUACAGAAGUGUGUCAGCAGUGGUUGCAAAAUCCUUUCAGAAGGCAUAGUUAAUUUAGUUGUACAAGAAGUGACCAGAAAUCAGUUACAGAACUAUUUUUCUGGAGAACUAACGCCACUUCAGUGUACAGAAGUUGACAGUGUUGUUGAAAAUAUCCUUAAAGAUGUUAUCCAAACCACUGAAAUUCCCCAGCCUCAGCCAUCACAGGCUUACAAACUGCCUUUUAACAUAACAGAAGAAAUUGCUAUAAAUUUUUUGUCAAAGCUUCUAUUUAAGUUUCCAAAAGCGGAUAAGGAACAAAACAAUUCUCUAAAUGCUGAAAUGCAAAAAAUAAGCUCAAAAAUCUUAAAUUCAUUCCAAGAAUAUAUCUCUAAAAGUCAGAUUACAGUAGUACCACAGGUCAAAGAAUCAUCCACUGUAUCUUUAGCAGACAGUGCGACUAUUGAAAAAGUAGUUACUUCUGUUUAUAACACUGUUUUAAAGCACUCUGGCUCCCAUAUUUCAGUGUAUAAAGAUUUAAUGGGUAAGAGCAAUGUCCUCUCUGAUAUAAUAGGAUUUUUAAUGGUGAAGGAAAUUUCCAAUUCAGAAUUUCAUCCUCAAGUAGAGGAAGAAACAUCAAGUUCAGAGUUAGCUCUGGAAGCUGUCAAAGUUAUGGAAAACGUGGUUAAGAUUAUUGAUGAUCUUAAGUCAAAGAAAAAACCUUCAUCCAAAAAAGAGGCUGUAUUAGAUGCCAGGUUUUUAGAGGAAACACUUGCCUUGCUCUUGGCUAAACUAGUAAAGUUGCCAAGUGCCUCAAGCAAAGAUGUUAAAAACUUAUCAAAGCCUGAGUUAAAUAAAAUUGCAUCUCAAUUGACAAAAUCCGUGACAACUGAAAUUUCCAGAAAAAACAUUAGUAUUGUAGCUGCUAAUCCUGAAGAAAAAUUUUUAAAUCCAGAAACUAUAGAAAUUAUUUCUCAGAUGGUCGAUUCUGUUUAUAAUCAUGUACUACAACAAUCUGGAACACAUGAAGAACUUUAUCAUGACAUGAAAGGUACAAACCACAUCUUUCCUAAAGAGGUGGCUUCUUUAAUAAUCAGAAAAGUUUCCAAUUAUCCAUUAGAAACAAUUAGCCCAGAAGAUUAACAUGCUAAUCUCUUUGGCGAUCUGGAUGUUGGUCGAAUUGUUGAAAAGGCGCAUGAGCAUGCUGUCAAAAUGGAACCUGAGCUAGAGCAAAAAGGGUUAGAUCAAGGUUUAAGGCCCUCCCAGAGUCUGCCAUUAACCCCACCAAAGAGCCCAGGUAGGCUCCAGUGUUGGGUUGCCUCAGGCAAAACAACCAACAGGGAGGGAACCCAGCCGCACCCAUCAGCAGACAAGCGGACUAAAGUUUUACUGAGCUCUGACCACCACAGCAACAGUCCUGCUACCUGGUUCUCCUCUCCAGAAGCAAUUUCUAUUACCAAUGGACCGAGUACCCUCCUCAAGAUAGUCUAUGGAUAA